UUUUUCUUUUCUAUGUGUUUAAAGGAAAGUAAUUAGGUGGCCAAUUCGUUGCCCUAAUUUUGUAUAUAUCUGGAUCGGGAGUGGCAUUCGAUGUGUUGGUUUCGAUGUCUGUGAUGCGAGAGGAGAUUUCUCGUUCGCUCUGGUAAUUGAUAGUUUUCUUGUCUUUUCUUUUUCUGUUUCCCGGUCCUAUGAAUACGCGAGGAUGACUCGCUGGCGGACGACGGCAGCACAUCCGCCUUCUCCUUUCCUCUUCCUCCGAAGCGGGUGGUCGUAUUUUGUAGCCCCUUUCUGUCGGUGAUCCGCAUGAGAAAUAGAAUACUAUUAGAAAUUAGGGUGCAGAGAUCUCUUCUCUUCUCUUAUCUUCUCCUCACGGAGAUCGCGAGGGUAUAGCUGCUCGCAAAUAUCCGGUUUGCAGGAUCCAAACGGUUCGGUAGAUCGGAAUUUGUUGUGGUAGAUGGAAUUCCCCAGGAAAGUUCCCACCUUGGUCGAGCUUUGUUUGCAGACGGCAAUCUCUAACCUUAGGUAUAUUGGAGAUGUUGGAGAGGUGGACUUGUACCUAUUGAAAGAUAUCUUACCGCACUGUAACAUCGAUCAGUUGACCCACAUCGAGGACUCAACACAAGGAAGAGAUCUCAGUCCAGUGACAGAUGCAUUAUGGAAAAGAUUCUAUGAGCAGCAAUUUGGAGUGGAAAGUGCAAAUACUGUGAUCAAGCGGAUGAAGCAGAAGAAAAUAGUAUUUAAAUGGAGACAGCUUUUUGAGGCAAAGACAAAGGAGAGGGAAGAAGCUCAAAAUAAAAUGGGCGAGAAACUUAAACAGAGAUAUGCAGAAACACAAGCUAAGAAGCAAAGUCGACAAAUCCAAAUCUGUUCUAAGAUUCCACCCUCGGCCGGCAAAAGAAGCUACUGGGGAGGAAGUGGACCAAGUGGUAUGUCCAAUGUGAAAGGUAACUUGAUGAAGAAGGCAAAAUUGGAGUAUCUUAAUAGCCAUGAAGCAAAAGUACAUGCUCUGAUGAGAAGAAAUGCUUCACAGCAGAACAGCUUGUCUCAGACAAGCCUCCCUCGUUCUACAAGACAGAACAAUUUUCUUCAAAGCAAUUCUGCUUCAAGCUUGAAAAAUGGUAAACCAGUAGCAAGAAAGUAACAGCUUUAGCUUGUCUUUCUAGAUUUCUGCUGAGACGGAAAACCUUCGUUCCUAUGGUGCUUCUCAGAGUUCCGACAGUUUUUUGCUGAGUCCCUCAGUUACCUUCUUGGCACUGACUUCUUAUCUUAACAUUCUCCUAUGAGCAUCAUGUCUCAAUAAAAGAAUGUGUUCAUUAUAGUUAUUCCCGUUUAUAGCAUUAAAUUUUAGUUUUAUG